GUGGAUCUUAGCGGAGCACUGAUCAUUAAAGCUCGUCUUGGUGACGAUAUAAGAUGCAUUCCGAUCCACAACGAAGAUUUGACGUACGAUGAUUUGCUCUUGAUGAUGCAGCGCGUUUUCAGAGGCAAACUCAGUAGUACAGAUGAUAUUACAAUUAAAUAUAAAGACGAAGGUAAGUAUUAGUUUAUUUGUGGCUUGUUAGAAAUGAGACGAAAGUGAUUCACAACAGCUUGUGGACAAUGAUGAUUCUAAAUGAAACAAUGAACGUGACACUUGUCUUGACUUAUUGUAGAUGGGGAUCUCGUUACAAUUUUCGAUAGCUCCGAUCUUGGUUUUGCAAAAACUGUCAGUAGGAUGUUGAAGAUAACAUUAUUUGGUGAG